CUUCCCACCCCACACGCUCUGCAGACCCAGCCAGAGGGGCUGACCACUUGUGCCUGGGAAGCCAGUUUCCUUUCCUUCCUUGGACCACUGGCAUGCCUGUGCCUUGCACGGCCGGGGACUCGCAGCUGUUCCAGUUGCAGACUUUCUGACUUGCGUUUUCAGCCGAGAAUGCAGGCUGAUAAAUGCAGGACAAGUAGUAGAAGUGUCAAAAAGGAGCUGGUGAUUGAGUCCCCCCUGCAAUACAAGGAUGCAGCUCAGGGCGAAGUGGAAGCAGAGAGCCCGGGCCCUGUGCCGGCAAAGCCAAAGCUAAUUGAGCCACUCGACUAUGAAAAUGUCAUCGUCCAGAAGAAGACUCAGAUCCUGAACGACUGUUUACGGGAGAUGCUGCUCUUCCCUUACGAUGACUUUCAGACGGCCAUCCUGAGACGACAGGGUCGAUACAUAUGCUCAACAGUGCCUGCGAAGGCGGAAGAGGAAGCACAGAGCUUGUUUGUUACAGAGUGCAUCAAAACCUAUAACUCUGACUGGCAUCUUGUGAACUAUAAAUAUGAAGAUUACUCAGGAGAGUUUCGACAGCUUCCGAACAAAGUGGUCAAGUUGGAUAAACUUCCAGUUCAUGUCUACGAAGUUGACGAGGAGGUCGACAAAGAUGAGGAUGCUGCCUCCCUCGGUUCCCAGAAGGGUGGGAUCACCAAGCAUGGCUGGCUGUACAAAGGCAACAUGAACAGUGCCAUCAGCGUGACCAUGAGGUCAUUUAAGAGACGAUUUUUCCACCUGAUUCAACUUGGCGAUGGAUCCUAUAAUUUGAAUUUUUAUAAAGAUGAAAAGAUCUCCAAAGAACCAAAAGGAUCAAUAUUUCUGGAUUCCUGUAUGGGUGUGGUUCAGAACAACAAAGUCAGGCGUUUUGCUUUUGAGCUCAAAAUGCAGGACAAAAGUAGUUAUCUCUUGGCAGCAGACAGCGAAGUAGAAAUGGAAGAAUGGAUCACAAUUCUAAAUAAGAUCCUCCAGCUCAACUUUGAAGCCGCGAUGCAAGAAAAGCGAAAUGGUGACUCUCAUGAAGAUGAUGAACAAAGCAAAUUGGAAGGUUCUGGUUCCAGUUUAGAUAGCUAUCUGCCGGAACUUGCCAAGAGUGCCAGAGAAGCAGAAAUCAAACUGAAAAGUGAAAGCAGAGUCAAACUUUUUUAUCUGGACCCAGAUGCCCAGAAGCUUGAUUUCUCAUCAGCUGAGCCAGAAGUUAAGCCAUUUGAAGAGAAGUUUGGAAAAAGGAUCCUUGUCAAGUGCAAUGAUUUAUCUUUCAAUUUGCAAUGCUGCGUUGCCGAAAAUGAAGAAGGACCCACUACAAAUGUUGAACCUUUCUUUGUUACUCUAUCCCUGUUUGACAUAAAAUACAACCGAAAGAUUUCUGCCGAUUUCCACGUAGACCUGAACCAUUUCUCAGUGAGGCAAAUGCUGGCCACCACGUCCCCGGCGCUGAUGAAUGGCAGCGGGCAGAGCCCAUCUGUCCUCAAGGGCAUCCUUCAUGAAGCUGCCAUGCAGUAUCCGAAGCAGGGAAUAUUUUCAGUCACUUGUCCUCAUCCAGAUAUAUUUCUUGUGGCCAGAAUUGAAAAAGUCCUUCAGGGGAGCAUCACACAUUGCGCUGAGCCAUAUAUGAAAAGUUCAGACUCUUCUAAGGUGGCUCAGAAGGUGCUGAAGAAUGCCAAGCAGGCAUGCCAAAGACUAGGACAGUAUAGAAUGCCAUUUGCUUGGGCAGCAAGGACAUUGUUUAAGGAUGCAUCUGGAAAUCUUGACAAAAAUGCCAGAUUUUCUGCCAUCUACAGGCAAGACAGCAAUAAGCUAUCCAAUGAUGACAUGCUCAAGUUACUUGCAGACUUUCGGAAACCCGAGAAGAUGGCUAAGCUCCCAGUGAUUUUAGGCAAUCUAGACAUUACAAUUGAUAACGUUUCCUCAGACUUCCCUAAUUAUGUUAAUUCAUCAUACAUUCCCACAAAACAAUUUGAAACCUGCAGUAAAACUCCCAUCACGUUUGAAGUGGAGGAAUUUGUGCCCUGCAUACCAAAACACACUCAGCCUUACACUAUCUACACCAAUCACCUUUACGUUUAUCCUAAGUACUUGAAAUACGACAGUCAGAAGUCUUUUGCCAAGGCUAGAAAUAUUGCGAUUUGCAUUGAAUUCAAAGAUUCAGAUGAGGAAGACUCUCAGCCCCUUAAGUGCAUUUAUGGCAGACCUGGCGGGCCAGUGUUCACAAGAAGCGCCUUUGCUGCAGUUUUACACCAUCACCAAAACCCAGAAUUUUAUGAUGAGAUUAAAAUAGAGUUGCCCACUCAGCUGCAUGAAAAGCACCACCUGUUGCUCACAUUCUUCCAUGUCAGCUGUGACAACUCAAGUAAAGGAAGCACGAAGAAGAGGGAUGUCGUUGAAACCCAAGUUGGCUACUCCUGGCUUCCCCUCCUGAAAGACGGAAGGGUGGUGACGAGCGAGCAGCACAUCCCGGUCUCGGCGAACCUUCCUUCAGGCUACCUUGGCUACCAGGAGCUUGGAAUGGGCAGGCAUUAUGGUCCGGAAAUUAAAUGGGUAGAUGGAGGCAAGCCACUGCUGAAAAUUUCCACUCAUCUGGUUUCUACAGUGUAUACUCAGGAUCAGCAUUUACAUAAUUUCUUCCAGUACUGUCAGAAAACCGAAUCUGGAGCCCAAGCCUUAGGAAACGAACUUGUAAAGUACCUUAAGAGUCUGCACGCGAUGGAAGGCCACGUGAUGAUCGCCUUCUUGCCCACUAUCCUAAACCAGCUGUUCCGCGUCCUCACCAGAGCCACGCAGGAAGAAGUCGCGGUUAACGUGACUCGGGUCAUUAUUCAUGUGGUUGCCCAGUGCCAUGAGGAAGGAUUGGAGAGCCACUUGAGGUCAUAUGUUAAGUAUGCGUAUAAGGCUGAACCAUACGUUGCCUCUGAAUACAAGACAGUGCAUGAAGAACUGACCAAAUCCAUGACCACGAUUCUCAAGCCUUCAGCUGAUUUCCUCACCAGCAACAAACUACUGAAGUAUUCAUGGUUUUUCUUUGAUGUACUGAUCAAAUCCAUGGCUCAGCAUUUGAUAGAGAACUCCAAAGUUAAGUUGCUGCGAAACCAGAGAUUUCCUGCAUCCUAUCAUCAUGCAGUGGAAACCGUUGUAAAUAUGCUGAUGCCACACAUCACUCAGAAGUUUCGAGAUAAUCCAGAGGCAUCUAAGAACGCAAAUCAUAGCCUUGCUGUCUUCAUCAAGAGAUGUUUCACCUUCAUGGACAGGGGCUUUGUCUUCAAGCAGAUCAACAACUACAUUAGCUGCUUUGCUCCUGGAGACCCAAAGACCCUGUUUGAAUACAAGUUUGAAUUUCUCCGUGUAGUGUGCAACCAUGAACAUUAUAUUCCAUUGAACUUACCAAUGCCGUUUGGAAAAGGCAGGAUUCAAAGAUACCAAGCUUUUCUUUCACCAACUGUGGAGUCAAAUGACACUCCUGUAGACCUCCAGCUUGACUACUCAUUAACAGAUGAGUUCUGCAGAAACCACUUCUUGGUGGGACUGUUACUGAGGGAGGUGGGGACGGCCCUCCAGGAGUUCCGGGAGGUCCGUCUGAUCGCCAUCAGUGUGCUCAAGAACCUGCUGAUAAAGCAUUCUUUUGAUGACAGAUAUGCUUCAAGGAGUCAUCAGGCAAGGAUAGCCACCCUCUACCUGCCUCUGUUUGGUCUGCUGAUUGAAAACGUCCAGCGGAUCAAUGUGAGGGAUGUAUCACCCUUCCCCGUGAAUGCCGGCAUGACUGUGAAGGACGAAUCCCUGGCUCUGCCAGCUGUGAAUCCGCUGGUGACACCACAGAAGGGCAGCACCCUGGACAACAGCCUGCACAAGGACCUGCUGGGCGCCAUCUCCGGCAUUGCUUCUCCAUAUACGACAUCAACUCCAAACAUCAACAGUGUGAGAAAUGCUGAUUCGAGAGGAUCUCUCAUAAGCACAGAUUCGGGUAACAGCCUUCCAGAAAGGAAUAGUGAGAAGAGCAAUUCCCUGGAUAAGCACCAACAAGGUAGCACAUUGGGAAAUUCAGUGGUUCGCUGUGAUAAACUUGACCAGUCUGAGAUUAAGAGCCUGCUGAUGUGUUUCCUCUACAUCUUAAAGAGCAUGUCUGAUGAUGCUUUGUUUACAUAUUGGAACAAGGCUUCAACAUCUGAACUUAUGGAUUUUUUUACAAUAUCUGAAGUCUGCCUGCACCAGUUCCAGUACAUGGGGAAGCGAUACAUAGCCAGGAACCAGGAGGGGUUGGGACCCAUAGUUCAUGAUCGAAAGUCUCAGACAUUGCCUGUUUCCCGUAACAGAACAGGAAUGAUGCAUGCCAGAUUGCAGCAGCUGGGCAGCCUGGAUAACUCUCUCACUUUUAACCACAGCUACGGCCACUCGGACGCAGAUGUUCUGCACCAGUCAUUACUUGAAGCCAACAUUGCUACUGAGGUUUGCCUGACAGCUCUGGACACGCUCUCUCUAUUUACAUUGGCGUUUAAGAACCAGCUCCUGGCUGACCAUGGACAUAAUCCUCUCAUGAAAAAAGUUUUUGAUGUCUACCUGUGUUUUCUUCAAAAACAUCAGUCUGAAACGGCUUUAAAAAAUGUCUUCACUGCCUUAAGGUCCUUAAUUUAUAAGUUUCCCUCAACAUUCUAUGAAGGCAGAGCCGACAUGUGUGCGGCUCUGUGUUACGAGAUUCUCAAGUGCUGCAACUCCAAGCUGAGCUCCAUCAGGACCGAGGCCUCCCAGCUGCUCUACUUCCUGAUGAGGAACAACUUCGAUUACACUGGAAAGAAGUCCUUUGUCCGGACACAUUUGCAAGUCAUCAUAUCCGUCAGCCAGCUGAUAGCAGACGUUGUUGGCAUUGGGGGAACCAGAUUCCAGCAGUCCCUGUCUAUCAUCAACAACUGUGCCAACAGUGACCGGCUCAUCAAGCACACCAGCUUCUCCUCCGAUGUGAAGGACUUGACCAAAAGGAUACGCACGGUGCUAAUGGCCACCGCCCAGAUGAAGGAACACGAGAAUGACCCGGAGAUGCUGGUGGACCUCCAGUACAGCCUGGCCAAAUCCUAUGCCAGCACGCCUGAGCUCAGGAAGACGUGGCUCGACAGCAUGGCCAGGAUCCACGUCAAAAACGGCGAUCUCUCGGAGGCAGCAAUGUGCUGUGUCCAUGUGACAGCCCUGGUGGCAGAAUAUCUCACCCGGAAAGCAGUCCAGUGGGAGCCGCCCCUUCUCCCCCACAGCCAUAGCGCCUGCCUGAGGAGGAGCCGGGGAGGCAUGUUUAGACAAGGAUGCACCGCCUUCAGGGUCAUUACCCCAAACAUCGACGAGGAGGCCUCCAUGAUGGAAGACGUGGGGAUGCAGGAUGUCCAUUUCAACGAGGACGUGCUGAUGGAGCUCCUUGAGCAGUGCGCAGAUGGACUCUGGAAAGCCGAGCGCUAUGAGCUCAUCGCUGACAUCUACAAACUCAUCAUCCCCAUUUAUGAGAAGCGGAGGGAUUUUGAGAGGCUGGCCCAUCUGUAUGACACGCUACACCGGGCCUACAGCAAAGUGACCGAGGUCAUGCACUCAGGCCGCAGGCUGCUGGGGACCUACUUCCGGGUAGCCUUCUUCGGGCAGGCCGCGCAAUACCAGUUUACAGACAGUGAAACAGAUGUGGAGGGAUUCUUUGAAGAUGAAGAUGGAAAGGAGUAUAUUUACAAGGAACCCAAACUCACACCGCUGUCGGAAAUUUCUCAGAGACUCCUUAAACUGUACUCGGAUAAAUUUGGUUCUGAAAAUGUCAAAAUGAUACAGGAUUCUGGCAAGGUCAACCCUAAGGAUCUGGAUUCCAAGUAUGCCUACAUCCAGGUGACUCACGUCAUCCCCUUCUUUGACGAAAAAGAGUUGCAAGAAAGGAAAACAGAGUUUGAGAGAUCCCACAACAUCCGCCGCUUCAUGUUUGAGAUGCCGUUUACGCAGACCGGGAAGAGGCAAGGCGGGGUGGAAGAGCAGUGCAAACGGCGCACCAUCCUGACAGCCAUACACUGCUUUCCUUACGUGAAGAAGCGCAUCCCUGUCAUGUACCAGCACCACACUGACCUGAACCCCAUCGAGGUGGCGAUUGACGAGAUGAGUAAGAAGGUGGCAGAGCUCCGGCAGCUGUGCUCCUCGGCCGAGGUAGACAUGAUCAAACUGCAGCUCAAGCUCCAGGGCAGCGUGAGUGUUCAGGUCAAUGCUGGCCCCCUGGCCUAUGCGCGAGCUUUCUUAGAUGACACAAACACAAAGCGAUAUCCCGACAAUAAAGUGAAGCUGCUUAAGGAAGUUUUCAGGCAAUUUGUGGAAGCUUGCGGGCAAGCCUUAGCGGUAAACGAACGUCUGAUUAAAGAAGACCAGCUCGAGUAUCAGGAAGAAAUGAAAGCCAACUACAGGGAAAUGGCGAAGGAGCUUUCUGAAAUCAUGCAUGAGCAGAUCUGCCCCCUGGAGGAGAAGACGAGUGUCUUACCGAAUUCCCUUCACAUCUUCAAUGCCAUCAGUGGGACGCCAACAAGCACAAUGGUUCACGGGAUGACCAGCUCGUCUUCAGUCGUGUGAUUACACCUCAUGGCCCGAUUGUGGGGACUUGCUUUGUCAUUUGCAAACUCAGGAUGCUUUCCAAAGCCAAUCACUGGGGAGACCAAGCACAGGGAGAACCAAGGGGAAGGGGAGAGAAAGGAAAUAAAGAACUAUGUUAUUUCUUAACAGAUUUUCUAUAGGAGUUGUAAGAAGGUGCACAUAUUUUUUUAAAUCUCACUGGCAAUAUUCAAAGUUUUCAUUGUGUCUUAACAAAGGUGUGGUAGACACUCCUGAGCUGGACUUAGAUUUUAUUCUUCCUUGCAGAAUAGUGUUGGAAUAAAUGGCCUACAGAAAAAAAGGUUCUGGGAUCUACAUGGCAGGGAGGGCCGCACUGACAUUGAUGCCUGGGGGACCUUUUGCCUCGAGGCUAAGCUGGAAAAUCUUGAAAAUAUUUUUUUUUUUUCCUGUGGCACAUUCAGGUUGAAUACAAGAACUAUUUUUGUGACUAGUUUUUGAUGACCUAAGGGAACUGACCAUUGUAAUUUUUGUAUCAGUGAACCAGGAGAUUUAGUGCUUUUAUACUCAUUUCCUUGCAUUUAAAAAAAUAUGAAAGCUUAAGGAAUUAUGUGAGCUUAAAACUAGUCAAGCAGUUUAGAACCAAAGGCCUAUAUUAAUAAACACAACUAUGCUGAAAAGUACAAAGUAGUACAGUAUAUUGUUAUGUACAUAUCAUUGUUAAUACAGUCCUGCCACUCUGUACAUAUAUGUAUUACAUUUCUACAUUUUUAAUACAUGAGCUUCUGCAUUAAGUUUAAUUGUGAUAAAUCUGUGCUGUUCCAGUAUAUGCAAUACACUUUAAUGUUUUAUUCUUGUACAUAAAAAUGUGCAAUAUGGAGAUGUAUACAGUCUUUACUAUAUUAGGUUUAUAAACGGUUUUAAGAAUUUCAUCCUUUUGCCAAAACGGUGGAGUAUGUAAUUGGUAAAUCAUAAAUCCUGUGGUGAAUGGUGGUGUAAUUUAAAGCUGUCACCAUGUUAUAUUUUCUGUUAAAACAUUAAUUUAGUAAUUUUAUAUUUGGGAAAAUAAAGGUUUUUAAUUUUAUUUAACUGGAAUCACUGCCCUGCUGUAAUUAAACAUUCUGUACCACAUCUGUAUUAAAAAGACAUUGCUGACUAUU